AUGACGACGGAAUCGCGGCGAGGCGCGGACGUCGGGCCGGGUCUCGCGCCGUCGGCGGUCGCGGCGAGUCUGGGGGCGUUUCUGUUUGGGUAUCACACGGCGGCGUGCAACGCGCCGCUGAGCGCGCUGGCGCGAGAUUUAGGAUUCGCGGACGAUGACUACGUGAAAGGCGCGGUGGUGUCGGCGUUGGUGAUCGGAGGCGCGAUCGGAGGGCUCACCGUGGGUGGGCUGAGCGAUAAAUACGGGCGGAAGUGGGCGUUGACGGCGACGAGCGCGCCGCUCGCGCUGGGGACGAUGCUGAGCGGGAUGGCGCCGAACGCGGUGACGAUGAUCGCGGGGAGGUUCAUAUGCGGACUAGGCGUGGGAGCGAGCUCGCAAAUUGUGCCGCUGUAUCUCAGUGAAAUCGCGCCGCCGGCGUUGCGGGGGACGCUGAACGGAUUUCGAAGGUUGGCGUACGUCUUCGGUUGUUUGGCGGCGUUUCAACUCGCGGCGCCGCUCAAGGAGACUGGAGGGGAGGGUUGGUGGCGACCGAUUUUCUACGAUGCGGCGAUACCGGCGCUCAUGCUAGCCGUGGGCGCGGCGUUCGUGGCGCAAGAGACUCCGGUUUGGCUGCUGACGCAGAGUGAUGAAAAGGCGGCGGAGAAAUCUCGACGUUCGCUAGCGAUUUUGCAGAACAUUCGCGGCCGCGCCGCGGAACAAAAAUUAUCGACGUGGUCGGAGCUGAUUUCAGACGACAAAAAUCGUUUACCACUUUCGCUUGGCCUAUCGCUGUGCGCGCUGGCUGCAUUCUCGGGAUCAAACACAGUCAUAUUCUACGCAUCCACUGUGUUCACGAGCGUGGGAAUAAAUAAUCCAGAAAUUUUGACUUGGGCGGUGGGCGUGCCGAACGUCGUCGGUGGCUUUGUCGCGCUGGCCCUGUCAGACAAAAUGGGUCGUCGACCUCUUCUCCUCACUUCAUUCGGAGGCAUGAGUGCGUGCUUGGGCAUUUUGUCUCUCGCCGCUGCGGGACCGGCACAACCCGAAGCAGCAGUCGCGCUCGUCACAAUCCCAUUGUACGUUUUAUUCUUCUCUCUCGGCGCAGGUCCGAUUCCGUGGCUCUUGUACAAUGAAGUAUUCCCCACCCGCAUUCGCGCUCGAGCCGUUUCGGCGUGCACCGCUCUGAACUAUGUAUCAAACUCAAUCGUCGGUGCAACCUUUCUGCCGAUGGUUGGCGCGUACGGAUUGAGUGGAUCAUACGGUUUCUAUACUCUGCUGUGCGCUAGCGGAUACGUUUUUGUCGAUCGUUUCAUCCCCGAGACGAAAGGUUUGCGCUUGGAAGAUGUCGAGUCGACGUUGAAGAGACACGCGCGCAAAAGAUCGACGUCGCGCUCAAAGUCCAUCGAUGAAUAGCUUGGUCAUGAAUAGCUUUGAUGAUUCUUGUAAUCUUUAUUUGUACUACUAGUU